AUGACAGACGUUCGUAAAUUAAAAGUUUUUCGAGUUGUACCACACGCACAAUUGCCUACUAAAGCCACUCUACAAUCGGCAGGUUACGAUUUAUACAGUGCAUACAGAUACAACAUAUCGCCUAAAGGUAAAGAACUAUUGGACACGGGUUUAUGCAUAUGUUUACCCGAAGGUUCGUACGGUAAAAUAGAACCGGUUUCAAAACUGGCUUGGAAAUAUCAAAUCGAUGUCGGUGCUGGUAUUAUUGAUGCCGAUUAUCGAGGAAACGUCCAUGUCUUGUUAUUCAAUCACUCGAAAAAACCGUUUAUUGUGAAUCCUGGUGACAAAAUAGCUCAAUUGAUAUGUCAACCACUCGUAUGGCCGAUAGAUUUGGAAGAAUCCACAAGUGUAGACGUUACGUCGCGCGGUAAACGUGGGAUAAAACGCAAUCGUUCGGUUUCAUCGUCACCGCCACUAAUCACUGACGAUCUCAUUUGUCAUGAAACGUUUGAUAUAAACGAUUACACGGAACACGUAUUCGACAACGGCGGAGAUCUCAUAGAAGAGAUAGAUGUAGAAUUAUUUAUGGAUCCGUUUGUUUGA